UGGGUGGAGAUGCGGACCAAGAUGCGCAUCAUGGGCUUCAACGCCGAGGCCGUCAAGCCGCUGAACGAGGAGGCGGCCGCCGAGCUGGGCGCGGAGCUGCUGGGCGAGGCCAUCAUCUUUGUCGCAGCCUGCAGCUGCCUGAUGCUGGAGUACUGGCGCCACCAGUCGCAGCAUCGCAAGGAAAGGGAGCAGCACGCUUCCUGGGGCGCGCUGCAGGACGAGGUAGGCCACCUGGCGCUGACGCUCGAGGCGCUGCAAGCGCAGGUGCAGGCGACGCCCUCGCAGAGCGCCCUGGAGGAGCUUCGCGCGCAACUGCAGGAGGUGCGAGCCCAGCUCUGCAUCCGGGGCCCGCCGCCCGCGCCCAAGGCUGCGCCGGGGUCAGAGGAAUAG